AUUUCUUAAAUUGAUAUUUUAAGUUUUUGUAAUUAUUAAUUUUUUGAGGAUAUGCAAUUGAUGUUUUCUAGCGCAAUGUGUUUGAAGCUUCGUUGACGAUUGGUACAGCGAUGACAGGAGAAAUGACGUUGAGGGGUCUCGUACUUCCCGUUGGUGGAAUUAAGGAUAAGGUUUACUUUUCUCACUCUAUUUUUUAAUCCUUUGGCUUUGUAACUUCAGCUCUAUAAAUUUUUCAAGAAAUCAAAGUCUUCAGCCCAUUGUAAAAACUGAAACAACGAUUUGUUGUAAAUGAGUUAUUUAGAAGCACACAAGUUAAUGCAGAAAAUGUAUCUGUGCAGAUAUUGUCAGCACAUUGAUACGACAUCAAAAGAGUUAUCCUACCGAAGAGAAAUAUGAAAGACUUGGUUGAAGUACCACCAGCAGUGCUAGCCAGGUAAUUGUUUUCAUUAUACCAGUUAAAAUCUCUAAAGAAAUGUAAUGGAACCUUUGUCAUUUUAUUUUUUAUUUUUUUAACACAUAUAGAUCGAUACUCUGUUCUCUUUGACACAUUCAUAGGCUAUGGGGGUUAAGGUUACAGUGAUAAGUACCUCUCCUGAUAAGAAGGAAGAAGCUAUUGAUAAUCUUGGUGCUGACUCAUUUUUGGUCAGUCGUGACCAAAAUCAAAUGCAGGGUGCCAUGAGUACAAUGGAUGGAAUUAUCGACACAGUCUUUGCAGUGCACCCACUUAUGUCUUUGAUUGGUCUAUUAAAGUCUCAAGGAAAGUUGAUUAUGGUUGGAGCACCAAACAAGCCUACCAAUUUUUUCAUUAUUGUUGGGUAUGUGUAUUUCUCACCUUUGUUUUAGAUAGGCAAAUUUAAUAUACCAUAAAAGAUGACAUACUAUGUGAAUUAAUUGUGUAAAUUAUAGUGCAAAUUUAAUAUACCAUAAUUCUUUUUUUAAUUUGUAUUUGCAUUAAUAUUAUAGUGCAAGUUUUUUUGAGAUUUAUAUUCAAAAGAGACUAUUUUGAAUAUUUAUUUGUUACAAUGACAUUAAUUUUAGAAAUUAUGAAAUGUACGUAUAUUUUAGGUUUUAUAAUGAUAGAGUGUUGACAUUGUUUUCCAGU